AUGGGCCCCUAUACCGCCUCCUCAUGCUGCUGCCAGGCCCCUAAUCUGCCAUGGCCCCUAUACCGCCUUCCUCAUGCUGCUGCCAGGUUCACAGUCUCUCAUGGGUCCCUGUACGGCCUCCCAUUGCUGCUGUCUCCAUCGCCACACUCUGCCUGUGCCACUUUUCAGGUCUCCUCACACUGCUGGUGUGUUUCCAUUUUUUGUCAUAGGGUGCUGGCAGAUUACGGGCCUCCCAUUGCUGCUGCCAGCCUGUAAUCUGCCCCGAAGGGCCCCCGUAACCGCCUGGCUCACUGCUGCUGCUGGGUCCACAGUGUGACAUGGGUCCCUGUACCGCCUCCCAUUGCUCCCACUCUGCCAUGUGCCACUUUCAGGUCUCCUCACACUCCUGCUGGUUACCAUUUUGUCAUAGGUUACUGUAUGGCCUCCCAUUGCUGCUGCCUCCA